GCCCGGGCCGGGCUCGGGGGUGGCUGGCCAUGGCCGGAGUGGCGGGGCGGCUGGCGCGGCGCUGGUGUCCGGGCGUGCUGCGGAGGGCCAUCUCUGUGAACAUCCUGUGUGUGCUGGUGGCUGCAAUACUUGCCGGUUUCCCUCCCCUGCUCUCACUGUGUGCUUAACGCCCCCUUCCCGGGACCGCUGACUCUGCCCUGCGGGCUGGCGGGUUGGGCAUCAGCCCCGUACAGGUCACCUGCGCCCCGGCCUUGCAGCUGCACGGGAGCCGGCCAGCCAUGAGAGCCACUCAGCAGGACUUUGAGAACGCCAUGAAUCAGGUGAAACUCUUGAAGAAGGACCCAGGAAACGAAGUGAAGUUGAAACUCUACGCGCUGUAUAAGCAGGUCACCGAUGGGCCCUGUAACACCCCCAAGCCGGGAAUGCUGGACUUCGUCAACAAGGCCAAGUGGGAGGCCUGGAAGGAACUGGGCAGCCUGCCCCAGGAAACCGCCAGGCAGAACUACGUGGACCUAGUUGCCAGGCUGAGUUCCUCCGAGGCCCCGCGCCCGGCCCGGCCCACCGCCGAGGGGCCGCGAUCAGGCUCUGACGCCGUGCUGGUGAGCUCGGAGGGCGCCAUCACCAAGAUCACGCUGAACCGGCCCAGCAAGAAGAACGCCAUCACCACUCAGAUGUACCAGGAUAUCAUGCAGGCGCUGAAGGCCGCGGGUGACGAUGACUCGGCCAUCACCGUUCUUACAGGGAGCGGGGACUAUUACUGCAGCGGGAAUGACCUCUCGAACUUCACGGACAUCCCCCCGGGCGGGCUCGAGGAGAAAGCGAAGAACAGUGCCGUCUUGCUGCGGGACUUUGUGGCCUGCUUCAUAGAUUUCCCGAAACCCCUCGUCGCCGUUGUCAACGGGCCAGCGGUGGGCAUCUCCGUCACCCUUCUCGGGCUGUUCGACGUGGUGUACGCGACUGACCGGGCGACCUUCCACACCCCCUUUAGCCACCUCGGCCAGAGUCCGGAAGGCUGCUCCUCCUACCUGUUCCCCAAGAUAAUGGGCUCAGCCAAGGCCGCAGAGAUGCUUAUUUUUGGGAAGAAGUUGACAGCAGGAGAAGCCUUCGACCAGGGACUCGUGACCCAAGUCUUUCCUGACAGCACUUUCCAGAAGGAGGUCUGGGCCCGGCUGAAGGCCUUCUCGAAGCUGCCCCCGAAUUCCAUGCGGAUUUCCAAAGAGCUCCUGAGGAAGAUGGAGAAGGAGAAGCUGCACGCGGUGAACGCCGAGGAGUGCCGGGUGCUGCAGACCCGCUGGCUGUCGGACGAGUGCAUGAACGCCGUCAUGAGCUUCUUAUCCCAGAAGUCCCGCCUGUGAGCAGCGGGGCUGCUCUCCGCUUGGAUUCCCGCACCCGGACUAAAUAAACAGCCCUGCUCGUC